UACUCUCCUGUCCAUCGUCCCUGUUUCUUGCCAUUUCGACCUUCUUCUCUUAACCUGUUGAACCAAAGUCUCCUGCUAGUCCACGUUAUCGAACGCGAUUCCCUUGCAAACGUAAUUCGCUUAUCACGCCAUCGACCCCCGCUGACGUACUGCAUCUCGGGGACCCUGUCUGUGCGCCUAGCGACAUAUCAAUCAUCCCACCCCCCCUUGCCUUGUUGCUUUGAGCACCCCAUUCUGAUUUGUUCUUCGCACACGACCCCUCGAUUCAAUUAACCUUCUUGUACACACUUUGAACUUGUCCCAAACUUCGCUGUCACCCUCAUAAUGUCCUCCAACGGUCGAAACUCACCGCCGCUACCUUCGCCGGAUACUCGCCGACGUGCUUCAGUCACCAGCCAGACCUUCCAGGACCUGUUCGGCCGGUCAAACAGCUAUGUAGGCCAGCAACAGCCCUCUUCAGGCCCCAUCACCACAGCAGCCGCCAAUGCUCAGCGGCGGCGGCUCUCGCUCACCACCCUUGGUCUUGGUGCCUCGCCCGGCCAGACAUCACCCUUCCUCCAGACCCCGCGAACCCGAACCGAGAGCAUCUCCAGCGCCAACUCUGGCUCUGUCGACGAGAGCCCAUUCGAGGAUGAUUACGCCCCUUCCACGUCUGCUAGCAGCAGUAACCCGGCCACACCCUUUGUUCGACGGCUGAGCUUCGGAGCUCGUGCAAUGCGGGAUGUCAGGCAGAGCAACGGAGGCGUUGGGAACCCAAAUGGUAGACCACCCAUCCAUAAAGCUUCCUCUCCCCCGACUGGUCGAGGUCGAGGUCUGUCUUCAUUGUCGCAGUCAUUGCCCUCUUCCGCUACCUUGCUUCGUCCCUUUACCCAUGCACAUUCGCGGCGAUCUACAUCUAUAUCACACAUCUGGCCUUCCACUAUUGCAGAGCAGUCCGAGAAUAUACUGGGAAACUACUCGCUAACAUCGUCUUCAACAGGCGAAGGUUACAAUUUCGCUGAGAACCUCCGAUCGCGAGCCGAGCGAGGCUCCAUCUCCGGCCCUAGCGGAAUGUUGAGCCCGUCUCCUCCAACGCACCAGCGUGCUAAGAGUGUCACAAUCAUGGAGCCACCUGCCCGCGAGAUGCCCAAGCCCAAGGUGCCCGACGCCAUGCAGGAGCGGAUCCUCAAAGGCGACUUCUACAUGGAUUAGUCUCUUUGCGUAGCUUGAUGUUUUAAAUCUCCGGUAGGUGGUCUGUUACGUGUCUCCUGCUCUCUAGUGACUGACGUGUCCUGUUUGCAGGACCAUCUACUUUACAGAUGAGACGUCAGAUUA